CAUAAAUAUAUCCCUAGAGCCCAAAACUGGGAGCGGUUAGCUGCUUUUACUUCAGUCCGCUGCUCCGCUGGUGUUGCCUUGUAGAUUACUGAAGUUCCAAACCGAACUGGAACUGGGUUACAGCAGAGGACUCGAAGAAGAAGAUGGUGAAGCUUACCGCCGAUUUGAUUUGGAAAUGCCCUCAUUUCUUCAAUGCCAUUAAAGAGCGUGAAUUGGAUCUUCGAGGCAAUAAGAUCGCUGUAAUUGAAAACUUGGGCGCUACUGAGGAUCAAUUUGAUACAAUUGAUUUGUCUGACAACGAGAUUGUCAAACUAGAAAACUUUCCUUAUCUUAACCGUCUUGGUACUUUGAUCAUAAAUAACAAUCGAAUUACUCGAAUCAAUCCCAAUAUUGGAGAGUUUUUGCCAAAACUACACACAUUAGUUCUUACGAACAACAGGCUUGUGAAUUUGGUGGAGAUUGAUCCUCUUGUAUCCCUGCCAAAGCUGCAAUUCCUUAGUCUGUUGGAUAAUAAUGUCACAAAGAAACCAAAUUAUCGACUUUAUGUGAUACACAAGCUAAAAUCACUCCGAGUUCUGGAUUUUAAGAAAGUGAAGGCCAAGGUUAGUUCAGUUGAUAUUAUAAUUUUUCUUUUCCUGUAG